AAAAUCACAGUGACAGACAAAUCUUCAUGGAUCUCCCGCUCUGAACAUAACUGAGUCGACUCGUUUCUCAUCCGAUAUCAUCAUGAUGCUCGAUUUGGGUCCGUUCUCGAAUGAGAACUUCGACCCGAAGAAGUGGAUCAAUUCGGCAUGUCAGGCUCGGCACCCUCAGGAUUCGCUGGAUAAGCACAUGGUGGAUCUGGAAAUGAAGCUCCAGAUGCUGUCUGAGGAAAUUGCUGCAUCACUCGAGGAGCAGAGUGCUGCGUCUCUCCUCCGCGUCCCACGCGCCUCCCGUGAUGUCGUUCGCCUCAGGGACGACGCCAUUUCUCUCCGUUCAGCCGUCUCCGGGAUUCUGCAGAAGAUCAAGAAGGCAGAAGGAUCAUCAGCUGAAUCAAUAGCUGCCCUUGCUAAAGUGGACACUGUCAAGCAGAGGAUGGAAGGGGCAUAUGAGACAUUGCAGGAUGCUGCUGGGUUAACUCAAUUAAGUUCAACAGUUGAGGAUGUGUUUGCUAGUGGUGAUCUGCCUCGGGCUGCAGAAACCCUGGCUAACAUGAGGCAUUGCUUGUCUGCUGUUGGAGAGGUUGCUGAAUUUGCUAACAUAAGGAAACAACUUGAAGUCCUGGAAGAUAGGCUAGACACCAUGGUGAAGCCUCGCCUUACAGAUGCUUUAACCAAUCGCAAGGUUAAUGUAGCUCAAGAUUUGCGUGGAAUUCUCAUUCGGAUUGGAAGGUUUAAGUCUCUAGAAUCACAAUACACAAAGGUUCACCUUAAACCAAUAGCCAAAUUUUGGGAAGACUUUGACUCGAGACAAUGGGCUAAUAAGUCUGCAAAUGAGAAGAAUGAAAAGGAGAGGCUAGCUAGUGGUGGUGAAGUUCAUUCAGUUGCAUCUUCAAUAUCAUUUUCCAGCUGGUUGCCAAGCUUCUAUGAUGAGAUAUUACUUUAUCUUGAACAAGAAUGGAAAUGGUGUAUGCUUGCUUUUCCAGAAGAUUAUAAAAUUCUUGUUCCAAAGUUGCUAUGUGAGACUAUGACAACUAUAGGUUCCAGUUUCAUAUCUCAUAUCAACCUUGCCGUUGGUGAUGCUGUUCCAGAAACAAAGGCAUUUGCAAAAGGUUUAUUAGAUAUUUUAUCUGGAGAUAUGCAAAAGGGUAUCAAGAUUCAAGCAAAGCAUCUGGAGGCCUUGAUCGAAUUACACAAUACAACAGGAACCUUUGCUAGGAAUAUUCAACACUUAUUUUCUGAUUCUGAUAUUCAGGUUUUGAUGGAUGUAUUAAAAGCUGUCUACCUGCCAUACGAGUCAUUCAAACAGAGGUAUGGACAAAUGGAGCGUGCCAUCCUUUCUUUUGAAACUGCUGGAGUAGAUUUACGAGGAGCUGUUAUUCGAGGUGUGGGAGCACAGGGAGUUGAACUCAGUGAAACAGUGAGAAGGAUGGAGGAGUCAAUUCCCCAGGUUAUUGUGCUUCUUGAAGCAGCCGUUGAGAGAUGCAUCAACUUCACUGGAGGUUCUGAGGCAGAUGAACUAAUUCUUGCUCUUGAUGAUGUAAUGUUACAAUACAUCUCUACUCUGCAAGAAACCCUCAAAUCACUGAGAACUGUCUGUGGGGUGGAUAACAUUGGUGAUGGUUCUUCAAAGCGGGAGAUGGAUAAGAAGGAUGGAAACCAAAACACAAGGAGAGUUGAUUUGAUCUCAAAUGAAGAGGAGUGGUCAAUCGUCCAAGGGGCCUUGCAAAUCCUCACAGUUGCGGAUAAUUUGACAAGCAGAGCUUCUGUCUUUGAAGCAUCUCUGAGAGCUACUCUUGCUAGAUUGAGCACAAGUCUUUCACUAUCAGUAUUUGGUUCGAGUUUAGACCAAAACCAGGUUACAAGUGGCACUGAAGAUGGUUUAGGUGGAAGGGCUGCCUUGGAUGUGGCAUCUCUUCGGCUGGUUGAUGUGCCUGAAAAGGCUAGGAAACUCUUUAACCUUUUGAAUCAGUCAAAAGAUCCCCGGUUUCAUGCACUUCCCCUUGCUUCCCAGAGGGUUGCAGCGUUUGCAGAUACAGUAAAUGAACUUGUAUAUGAUGUUCUCAUAUCUAAAGUUCGGCAACGGCUCAGUGAUGUGUCCCGUUUACCAAUAUGGUCAUCAGUUGAGGAACAAAGUGCUUUUCCUCUUCCUACCUUCAGUGCAUAUCCACAAUCCUAUGUGACCAGUGUUGGUGAAUAUCUCCUUACUUUACCCCAGCAGUUGGAGCCACUUGCUGAGGGCAUCUCUAACAGUGACACCAGUGAGGAAGCUCAGUUCUUUGCAACUGAAUGGAUGUUCAAGGUUGCAGAGGGUGCAACAGCUCUUUACAUAGAGCAGUUGCGUGGGAUUCAGUACAUUUCUGAUCGUGGAGCCCAGCAGCUAUCAGUUGACAUUGAGUAUCUCAGUAAUGUACUUUCUGCUCUCUCAAUGCCAAUACCCCCAGUUCUUGCCACAUUCCAAACUUGUCUUUCUACCUCUAGAGAUCAGCUAAAAGAACUUUUGAAGACAGAUUCAGGAAACCCACUUGAUUUGCCGACUGCCAAUCUUAUAUGUAAGAUGCGGCGUGUGAAUUUAGAUUCAUGAAUGUUUCUUAUGUGACAUGGAUCCUUUGCAGUUAUAAAAGCAAGUGCAUAUGGUACACCUGGGAGAGAGAUGAAAAAAAAAAAAAGGAACAAAAAUGUGUAAAGAGAAAAAGUUUCUUUGACACAUAUUUCUGUGACUCUCUGAAUGCAUGAUUUAGGGACUGUUCGAUUCAAUUUGGUUUCUCUCAUCACACUUCUUGCAGUUUUGUCCUCCCACCCUUUUGCUCUGCCUUUGCAGAGGAGACUGAUUGUACUUCGGCAUCCCCUACAUGUAUUUUCAUUUGCAAUCAGUGGACAAAAAGCAUACAAUAUGAUAGAGUAGUUAUAGUAUAUAUUGUAUAUUAGUCAAUUGUUUUACAGCGCACUUUGUAGGACUCAAUUGCUCCGGAGUGAAACUUUUUUUCCUUUCAAAGAAUAUAUUUGUUUAUUCAUAAAUAUUGGAUGGCAUCAUUAUGAGUCUCAAUCUUAUUUUGCUUCAGACACUUUAUUAA